UCCACAAGCUCUGAAACCACAACAGUUGCAGCAGAAAUGUCCACACCACCAGAAACCACAACAGUUGCAGCAUCAACCUCUACUACUCAAGCAACCACAACUGCUGCUACGGCACCUGCAACUUCGUCAACCUCCACAAAUUCUGAAACCACAACAGUUGCAGCAUCAACCACUACAACACCUGAAACCUCAACAGUUGCAGCAUCAACCUCCAUAAGCUCUCAAACCACAACAAUUGCACCAUCAACCUCCACAACACCAGAAACUGCAACAGUUGCACCAUCAACCUCUGCAAUUUCUGAAACCUCAACAGUUGCAGCAUCAACCUCUACUACACCAGGAACCACAACAGUUGCAGUAUCAACCUCAACAACACCAGAAACCUCAGUUGAACCAUCAACUUCCACAACACCAGAAACCACAACAGUUGCAGCAUCAACCUCCACAAGCUCUGAAACCACAACAGUUGCUGCAUCAACUUCCAAUACACCAGAAACCACAACAGUUGCAGCAGCAACGUCCACAAGCUCUGAAACCACAACAGUUGCCGCAUCAACCUCUACAACACCAGGAACCACAACAGUUGCAGCAUCAACCUCCACAAGCUCUGAAACCACAACAGUUGCCGCAUCAACCUCUACAACACCAGGAACCACAACAGUUGCAGCAGCAAUGUCCACAAGCACUGAAACCACAACAGUUGCAGUGUCAACCUCUACAACACCAGGAACCACAACAGUUGCUGCAUCAACAUCCACGACACCUGAAACCACAACAGUUGCAGCAUCAACCUCCACAAGCUCAGAAACAUCAACAGUUGCAGCAUUAACAUCCACGACACCUGAAACCACAACAGUUGCAGCAUCAACCUCCACAAGCUCAGAAACAUCAACAGUUGCAGCAUUAACAUCCACGACACCUGAAACCACAACAGUUGCAGCAUCAACCUCCACAAGCUCAGAAACAUCAACAGUUGCAGCAUUAACAUCCACGACACCUGAAACAACAACAGUUGCAGCAUCAACCUCCACAAGCUCUGAAACCACAACAGUUGCAGCAUCAACCUCCAACACGUUUGAAACCUCAACCGUUGCAGCAUCAACCUUCACAAUCCCAGAAGCCACAACAGUUGCAGCAUCAACCUCCAACACGUUUGAAACCUUUACAGUUGCACCAUCAUCUUCCACAACACCAGAAACCACAACAGUUGCAGCAUCAACCUCCACAAGCUCUGAAACCACAAAAGUUGCCGCAUCAACCUCUACAACACCAGGAACCACAACAGUUGCAGCAGUAACGUCCACAAGCACUGAAACCACAACAGUUGCAGCAUCAACCUCUACAACACCAGGAACCACAACAGUUGCAGUAUCAACCUCUACAACACCAGAAACCACAACAGUUGCAGCAUCAACCUCCACAAGCUCUGAAACCACAACAGUUGCAGCAUCAACCUCCACAAUACCAGAAACAUCAACAAUUGCAGCGUUAAGAUCCACGACACCUGAAACCACAACAGUUGCAGCAUCAACCUCCACAAGCUCUGAAACCACAACAGUUGCAGCAUCAACCUCCACAACACCAGAAACCACAACAGUUGCAGCAUCAACCUCCAAGACACCUGAAACAACAACAAUUGCAGCAUCAACAUCCACGACACCUGAAACAUCAACAGUUGCAGCAUCAACCUCCACAAGCUCUGAAACCACAACAGUUGCAGCAUCAACCUCCACAAUACCAGAAACAUCAACAGUUGCACUAUCAACAUCCACAAAACCAGAAACGUCAACAGUUGAACCAUCAACUCCCACGACACCUGAAACAACAACAAUUGCAGCAUCAACAUCCACGACACCUGAAACAUCAACAGUUGCAGCAUCAACCUCCACAACACCAGAAACAACAACAGGUGCAGCAUCAACCUUCACAAGCUCUGAAACUACAACAGUUGCACCAUCAACCUCCACAACACCAGAAACUACAACAGUUGCUGCAUCGACUUAUGUCAUCUCUGAGGCCACAACAGUUGCCAGAUCAACUGCCGACAUCUCAGAAGCAACAACGGUUGCCGGAUCAACUUCCCCUAUUUCUGCAACAUCAACUGCUGCAGCAUCAACUUUUACUAUCUCUGAAGCAACAAUAGUUGCAACAUCAAACUCUACCAGCGCUGAAACCACAACAGUUGCCACAUCAACCUCCACAAGCUCUGGAACCACAACGGUUAUCGCAUCAACUUUCGCUAUCUCUGAAGCCACCACAGUUGCCAUUUCCACAUUCACAAGCUCUAACCCUACAACAGUCGCCACAUCAACUUCUGCUGUCUCUGAAGCAACAACAGUUGCUUCAUCGACUUCUGUCAGCUCUGAAGCCACAACAAUUGCCGGAUCAACUUCCACUACCUCUGAAGCAACAACAAUUGGCGGAUCAACUGCCACCAUCUCUGAAUCAACAACAGUUGCCGGAUCAACUCCCGCCAUCUCUGAAGCAACAACAGUUGACGGAUCAACCUCCACCAUCUCUGAAGCAACAACAGUUGCAGCAUCAACUUCUACUGACUAUGAAGCAACAACAGUUGCAGCAUCGACGUCUGUCAUGUUUGAAGCCACAACAGUUGCCGCAUCAACCCCGACAUCAUCAACUGCUGCCGCAAUGACCUCCACCAUCUCUGCAACAUCAACUGCUGCAGGAUCAACUUCCACUCUCUCUGAAGCCACCACAGACGCCGCAUCAACUUCCGCUAUCUCUGAAGCAACAACAGUUGCUGCAUCGACUUCUGUCAUCUCUGAAGCAGCAACAGUUGCCAGAUCAACUGCCGACAUCUCAGAAGCAACAACGGUUGCAGCAUCAACCUCAACAAGCUCUGGAACCACAACGGUCAUCGCAUCAACUUUCGCUAUCUCUGAAACCACCACAGUUGCCAUUUCCACCUUGACAAGCUCUAACCCUACAACAGUCGCCACAUCAACUUCUGCUGUCUCUGAAGCAACAACAGUUGCCGGAUCAACUUCCGCCAUCUCUGAAGCAACAACAGUUGCCGGAUCACUUUCCGCUAUCUCUGACGCAACAAUAGUUGCAGCAUCAACUUCCAACAUCUCUGAAGCAACAACAGUUGCUGCAACAACUGCCGCUAUCUCUGAAGCAACAACAGUUGCCGGAUCAACUGCCACCAUCUCUGAAGCAACAACAUUUGCCGGAUCAACUUCCGCCAUCUCUGAAGCAACAACAGUUGCCGGAUCAACUUCCGCUAUCUCUGAAGCCACAACAGUUGCCACAUCAACUUCCGCUAUCUCUGAAGCAACAACAGUUGCCAUGUCCACCUUGACAAGCUCUGACCCAACAGUCGCCACAUCAACUUCUGCUAUCUCUGAAGCAACAACAGUUGCUGCUUCGACUUCUGUCAUCCCCGAAGCCACAACAGUUUCUGCAUCAACUUCCGCUGUCUCUGAAGCAACAACAGUUGCCGCAUCAACCCCCGCACCGUCAACUGCUGCCGCAAUGACCUCCACCUUCUCUGCAACAUCAACUGCUGCAGCAUCAACUUCCGCAAUCUCAGAAGCAACAACAGUUGCUCUAUCAACUUCUGCUAUCUCUGAAGCAACAACAGUUGCAGCAUCAACUUCUGCUAUCUCUGAAGCAUCAACAGUUGCUGUAUCGACUUCUGUCAUCUCUGAAGCCACAACAGUUUCCGCAUCAACCCCCGCACCAUCAACAGCUGCUGCAAAGACCUCCACCAUCUCUGCAACAUCAACUGCUGCAGCAUCAAGUUCCACUAACUUUGAAGCCACAACAGUCGCCGCAUCAACUUUCGCUAUCUCUGAAGUAACAACAGUUGCCAUGUCCACCUUGACAAGUUAUGACCCUACAACAGUCACCACAUCAACUUCUGCUGUCUCUGAAGCAACAACAGUUGCCAUGUCCACCUUGACGAGCUCUUACCCCACAACAGUCCCCACAUCAACUUUCGCUAUAUCUGAAGCCACAACAGUUGCGUCAUCAACACCUGCACCAUCAACUGCUGCCGCAAUGAAUUCAACCAUCUUUGCAACAUCAACUGCUGCAGCAUCAACUUCCACUAUCUCUGAAGCCACCACAGUUUCCGAAUCAACCUCCGCUAUCGCUGAAACCAAAACAAUUGCAGCAUCAACCUCUGCUAUCUCUGGAGCCACAACAGUUGCCGCAUCAACCUUGACAAGCUCUGACCCCACAACAGUCGCCGCAUUACCUUCCGCUGUGUCUGAAGCAACAACAGUUGCCGCAUCAAGCCCCGCACCAUCAUCUGCUGCCACAAUGACCUCCACAAUCUCUGCAAUAUCAACUUCCACUAACUCUGAAGCCAAAACAGUUCCUGCAUCAACCUCCACCAUUUCUGAAACCACGAAAGUUGCAGGAUCAACCUCCACAACACCAGAAUCCACAACAGUUGCAUUACCAAGCCCAACAGCUGCCUCCACCAAUCCGGCACCAGUUGCCCCAGCAACCUCCGCCGUCCCUGCACCAGCCGCCCCAGCGACCUCUGCCGUCCCUGCACCAGCCGCCCCAGCGACCUCUGCCGUCCCUGCACCAGCCGCCCCAGCGACCUCAGCCACCCCUGCACCAGUUGCCCCAGCAACCUACACCACCCCUGCACCAGUUGCCCCAGCAACCUCCGCCACUCCUGCACCAGCUGCCCCAGCAACCUCCGCCACCCCUGCACCAGCUGCCCCAGCAACCUCCGCCACCCCUGCACCAGCUGCCCCAGCAACCUCCGCCACCCUUGCACCAGCCGCCCCAGCCACAUAUGUCAAAGUCAAGGCCCGCGGGCAGAAUCCGGCCCACGAAUGA